GACAUUUGACAUUUAGCAAUAAACAUAAAUAACAAAAGAAAACAAAAAUAUAAAAGUAUAUGUGAAGUAGAGGUGUAAUAUUUUAAUCAUACUUUAAUUACAAAUGUUCAGCAGUUUAUUGUAGUCACUCGGUGAUGACAUUGAAAAUUAUAAUCUUCCUGUCGUUAUUAUGGGGUAUAGAGGGUUCCCAUAUUUUGGGAAUAUUUUCAACCCCCGAUGUGGAUCACUUCAUGCUGGGUUCGAGACUAAUGGAAGCGCUGGCGCAAAAAGGCCAUCAAAUCACCUUCGUGGCCCCUUUCACACCUGAAUUUCAAAACGAAAACGUGACGACAGUUGAAAUUUUACAAGAAAUCGAACUACAAGAAGUGAAUAAAUUAUACACCAACUUCAUGGAACGCGUAAAUAUGAACUUUAUAACCAGGACAAUGCAUAUGUAUAGCUCUUCUUACGACAUAACAGAAGCAGUAUUAACCGACUCGAAGUUUCAAGCUCUACUGCAGAAUCCCAAAAAGUACGAUUUGAUUAUAACAGAGUAUUAUAUGAACGAGGCGUUGUUCGGGUUAUCUUCUUACUUCUACGCCCCGAUGAUUCUACUUUCUCCUUUGCCAUCAUCUUCGCUGAUGAACGAAUUGUUCGCCAAUCCAGCUCCUUCAUCGUACGUUCCCAACAUUCUAUCGGGCCUCACAGGCCGCAUGAGCUUCCCGCAGAGGCUGCACAACUUCUUCUGCAACGCUUUCAACAAGCAUUACAAGUACUACUUAGCGCUACCCUGGCAGGAGUACCUGCUGAAGAAGUACAUCGAUAAAAAUCUGAGCAUAAACGAAGCCAUCGAGAACGUGAAUUUGAUUCUUUUGAAUUCCCAUGCGAGCGUUACGGAGCCGGCUCCGCACACCCCGAACAUGAUCGAAGUGGGCGGUAUGCACAUGGCGCCCCCUAAACCGCUGCCUCGAGAUCUGGAGAAUUUCAUAAGGAAAUCCAGCGGGGUGGUGUAUAUUGCCCUCCAUCCGGACCUGACUGCAUCGAGUUUGGGCAGAGAGAAGGUGGCUGUUAUUCUGAACGGUCUGGAGAAGUUGUCCAAUUUAAACGUGGUUUGGAAUAUCGAUGCUGACGAAGACAUCGGUCCUGUACCGGAAAAUGUCAUGGUAGUCACGGACGUUCCUCACCAAGAUGUUAUUAGUCAUGAAAAUGUCGUGGCUUUCGUAACAGAUGGGAAUUUGAUGAGGAUAUUCGAAGCUGUGUAUUAUGCGAAACCGAUCGUGGCUAUUCCGUUGGUAGACGAUCAGGAAUCGAACGUUGCCAAAGCAGUGGAAGAUUCGUACGCUAAAGGUAUAUCGUUCGACGAAUUGUCUGGUAAAAAAAUCGACGAGCAGAUAAGGGAUGUGCUGAAAAACAGUUUGUAUUCGUAUAACGUGCUCAAGAGAUCGAGGCAUUUCAAAGAAAGACCUAUAUCGCCUAUAGACGAGGCCGUUUACUGGGCUGAAUACGUCAUUCGUCAAGGCGACCCGAAGCAUCUUCAAUCGACCGGUGUUCAUCUUUCGAUGUUUAAACGACACAUGGUGGAUAUAAUAAUUCUUCUCACCGUGAUUGAUAUUGUGCUGUUUUUGAUAUUUUAUUACGUUAUCAAGCACAUUAUUCACCUCGGUUUCAAGAAGCGCUUGGAAAGAAAGUCGAGGAGAUACGUGCAGUUGGAGAACGAAGCUGGUCAAAAUAAGCUUUAAAAUUUUUAAUUCUCACACUCUUCUGUAGAUUUCAGAAUUUGUAGAUUUAAAGUUUUUGUGAUAUGUAUUAUAGAUAAUUAGUUCAAUUGUAGAUUGUUAUUAGUUGUAAAACGAGUGUAUAGAUUUGUUGGAAUAAAAACGAAUCUGGUUAUAAU